UUCCUCUCGGCACCCGAAAAGAAAAGGAGGUGAAGUCUUCUUCUGUCAGUUUUCUGUUGCUGAACCGCCCCGAGUAGAACCCUCCAGCCUCCCGAAAUGUCUUCAGAUUUGUGCGCUGAAUCAUCUCUGAAGGGGAGUUCGGAUGAAGAUACGCAGUAACAACAGCAGCAGCAGGGACGCUUCCACCUUCCUCCUCCUCGCCACUUCAUUUUUUAAAAGUUUUAAGUGAGCCGCGUGUUUUAUGCUCGAGCCGACAGCACAGCGAUGGCUUUCUUCGUGAAAAAGAAGAAAUUUAAGUUCCAGACCCAGCUGACCCUGGAGGAGCUGACCGCCGUGCCUUUUGUCAACGGAGUUCUGUUCUGCAAGUUGCGGCUGCUGGACGGAGACUUCGUCGCCACUUCCUCCAGAGAGGAGGUCCAAGAGAACUGUGUCCGCUGGAGGAAGAGGUUCACCUUUGUGUGCAAGAUGAGUGCCAACCCCCACACGGGAGUCCUGGAUCCCUCCGUCUGCAGGGUGUCCGUCAGGAAGGAACUCAAAGGAGGAAAGGCGUUUACGAAGCUGGGCUUCACGGACCUCAACAUGGCGGAGUUCGCUGGCUCUGGCUCCACCGUGCGCUGCUGUCUGCUGGAGGGAUACGACACCAAGAACACACGGCAGGACAACUCCAUACUGAAGGUGAUCAUUGGGAUGACCCUCCUGUCUGGAGAUCCGUGUUUCAAAACGCCUCCCAGCACAGCCAAGUCCAUCUCGGUCCCGGGCCAGGAGCACACCCUGCAGCUGGACUGUAAGGGGGAGGGAACAGGAGAGCUGGGGCCGGCCGGGGGCGUCUCUCUGGGCAGAGGCACCAAGCACAGACCCUCCAUCAUCAGCUCAGGUCUUCUGGAAGAAUCAGAGGUGACCCAGUCCAGUCCUGCAGAAGUUUUCCAGUCCGGUCACUCUCGCAACUCGAGCUACGCCAGCCAGCACAGCCGAAUCUCAGGCUACAGCACCGAGCACUCCUGCUCCUCCAGCCUGUCGGACCUCACACACCGCAGGAACACCUCCACAGGAAGCAGCACCUCGGGGGGCCUGGGCGUCACCUCCGACACCCCCACAGAGGGCGACAAGGACACCUGCCGCCCGGAAAGGCCCCCCCGGCCCCCUCGGCCCGUCUUACCCCCCAGCAGGCCCCCCAGGAGGAAGAAGGACUCGGUGGAGAAUCACCCGACGUGGGUGAACGACACUCGCAUCGACGCCGACGACAUCGUGGAGAAAAUCGUCCAGAGCCAAAACUUUGCGGACAUCAACAACACUGAAGACAGUAACCUCCGUCUGUUCGUCAGCCGAGACGGAACCACGGCGCUCAGCGGCAUCAGGCUCGGAAACAGGGUGUCUGCGGGCGGCUACGAGCCUGUGGUGAUCGAGAGCCAUUAGCCCGGCGAGGUGGAGCGGCCCGCGGCUCUCGUCUCGCCUCGUCUCGUCUCGUCUGUCUGCGUGGUUUUUUUCCCGGAGCUUCAGCUGGUCUGACGCCGUGAGCGGAAAACAAACACCGUCGUCACAGUUUGCACUUUAUGUCAAGUGUGUGUCGCAGUUCUUCUCCCUGUGCUCGGUCUUAAAGGCGACUCAGAGCGUCCGCACAAACACGUUUUGAAGCUUCUCUGCCGCCGUGCUGUGAUGUGAUUCCCAUGCGUUUAUAUUGCAGAAAUCAUAUUUUAUGCUCUUAAAGGUCAAAUGUCAUAAUUAGGGUGUAGAUGUGAAGUUUUUAGCUCUGUUGGUUUGUGAUGAGAUGAAAAAAAAAAAAAAAAAAUCAUCCAUGUGUGCCCGGUGUAUCAUCUGCCCCAGAGCUCCAUGCUAACACUUCAUCAUGUGAGCACGAUCCAAAGGUAGACUGACUUUUUAGUAAUGGAGUCAUUUAUUAUUUUGCUAAUUUGGUCUGAUUUAUCAAAUGUUAAAAAAAUGAAAUGCCACGUGGCCCCGGUUUGUUUUUGCAGCACAGCGCCUUCGCUAACUGUGGAAACUGGGAAAGUAGAACCUGCUCGUUCAAAACAGCUUCAUUUUGCACUUACAUUUAUCAACACUGCCCGACUUACGAUUUGAAAUGAUGCACAGUUUACCCUCAGAGCUAAUUUUCUCUUGAGGAAAGCCGCAGCGUCAGCAUGGAGCUCUGCAGCCGGCGACCCACCGGCGGCGCUUUCCACAUGUCACACUGAUGCAAUCCGGUGUAUUCCUUUCAUAUUCACACAGUUUUCUACGCAUCACGGCUAUAUUCGAUGAUAAACCACCCGCUUUUGUUUUUAUUUGGGGCAGAUGUAUGAGGUCAUUUGUUCAGUUUCAGUUCAGAUCAGCAAAUUUCCAUUAUGCUGCAAGAAAGAAAGAGAACUGAUUAGAAAAUGUGCAGCCGCAGAUGUUCAGCAGCGGUUUCACUGUGAAUUCAGCUGCUUUGUCAGUGAAAAGUUGAUUUUUUUUUUUUUUUUUUUUUUUUAAACUCCUUGAUCACAUUUAACCUGCAUUGCAUUUGUGUUGCUGCAAACUAUCCGGCUUAUUAAUAAUAGUUUUGUUACACUCAUUUUUUCAGUGCUACUUUUUAAUUAAGUAAUGAAACGAUGGUAACAAAAUCAAAACAGCAUAAAAUUCGGUGUCAAAAAUCCAAAGCUAACCGGGUUAAAAGGUGUUGCGGUGCAGCUGGUAUGCAACCGUGCAACCAAAACAAGAAUGUCUUAUUUGCCCUGAGCUGAAGUCGUGUGGGGGAGCGGGGCGUGCAGCGCGGGACGUGUGAUCGAGGGGUUCGAACGGACGUGCAGAAGCUCUGAGUUGCUCUUUAGGCUUUAGUUUAGUUUUUUUUUUCCCCUUUCUUUCCUGUUUGCUGCUCCCUGUUGAUCAGGGAGCCGCAGCAACACUCACUCUGUGCCUCUCAAAUGUGUGUUCCUCUUGAAUGACCCUAAAGCACCAGGUAAGCUGCGAUGCUGAGGAGAGAAAGAGUUAGGUUUUUUGUUUUGUUUUGUUUUGUUUGUUUGUUUGUUUGUUUGUUGUUCUUGGUCACAUUGUAAUUUACAGACGCAGCCGCUGUGGAAGUCCCUCUCUUUACCGCUCGCCGCGUUGCCGAACUGCUGCUGCACUUUGGCUCCAUUUCCAAGAAAAAAAAAACAGUUUGGAGAAAUUGAGGUUUUCUGUGUUCUGGAUCAGCAGGCUGUGUUUCCUGGUACAUUCUGUUCUGACUGUAUAUACAGAAAGGGUUAACUGCAGGAUGAGAGGCAUGGAGAGGGAUUUCUGCAACCGCCGCUGCUGUAAAAGUGUCUGUCGCCCCCUGGUGGAGCAACGGCCUGCUGUUGGGUUUGCAUGAUUCUGGGCCCUUUGGUGUUUACAGAUACGAGGACGUUUACUCUGAGCGAGUCGCACCGGUUUUUGUUUACAGCCAUCUGCAGAUGAACAAACACCAAAGAGGCAGAAAAGGGACGAGUUUUCUUUUUGGUUUGUUUUUGUUUUCUCGUGAGUUUCUACACUGCACAGUGACUUCAAGCCUACAAGUGGAGGAGGACUGUAACGUGGUCAACCAGCGGGCUGGUUUCUGCUUUUUACCUUAACAGAAUGUACUGAAUUUUAGCAGCACGUCUCCUGUUUGGAAGCUGAACCCUGCAAAACAUUUCCACCUCAACAAGGAGGUUUGAGUCUGAACGUGUUUGGUUUCUGAUUGUGAAAGAGGUGUGAAGAGCUGCCAGUGGGUGGAAUCAUUUUGUGUCACCAAUUCAAGUGAAAUCUCUUGGGGAAAAAAGCAGAAUCAGACACCAUGAUGCCAUUCCACUGGUGGAUUUUUUUCUCUUAUGCACGAAAAGUCAUUUUAAGGCUCAGCUCUGUUCAAACCACCUCGCUUAGAUGGUUUUGUUUUGCGGUGACUUUUGUUUUCCUGCUUUUCUAAACUGAGAUGUUUUUUUUUUUUUGGUGGAGCUGAGAGCUCACACCUUCAACACUACGCUGGUUCCUGUUUCCACGGUUGAAAUCCAGCACGGUGUGAGACAUUAAUCACUUGUUCCUACACUACCCAGAUGUAUUUUGUAAAGAUAAUGUUAAUAAUUCACAGUUAUUAGUUAUUCUCACACUUUGGGACAAACCACUGAUGAUAUAGUCUGGAAGCGGGUCUACGUCACCACAGCCCUUAGUCAUCUUUUAAAAUGUUUAUUUAUCUUGUUUUUUUUGUUUUGUUUUUUUUGUCUUUGGAGAUGGGUUUUAAGCUACGCACACAGCCCACCUCGUGCACGGAAAUUAACUUUUUUUCCCUAUUAGUAGUUCUAACAAAUUAUUCUAUUGUAACAAAGUUAGCAUAACAUAAAUUUCUUGAGAAAUGGCUUGUACUGUUUUCUUCCAAUGACCACUUAGUCGAUAUGAACUCUUUUUUUUUUUUUCCAGCAUUUCUCCAGAAGUGACUUCUAAACAAUAAAAAGAUAACCUGC